GGGGUCACUUUCGGAGUUCAGAACGUGCCUUGGUAUCCCUUCCCCACCCAAGCUGCAGUUGCUGGGGUCCAUUUGUCACUCUUCCACCCUCACAGUCGCUUCCUUGCCACUGGGUCCAUGCCCCAUCACUCUUCACUAAACCUUCCAUCCAUGCCUUGUCAGACAGUCCGACCCGGCCCGACUCUUAGCGUAGAAGCUUCUUCUUAUGCAGCCAGUCUGCUCCCCUUAAAGUGCUAUCGUCCGGCACCACCUGCAGUGCAAUAUUCUGUGCGCUGUUGCCGCCUCUCUUUCUCUCUUUCUCUCUCUCUCCUCGCUCCCUUGAUGGUUGCUUUUCCACUUUGAGAUGACUAUGUCAUCAGCUCCUAGAUCACUAUCCUCAGUCGUGAUUGACCUCACCUCACAGACAAUCUACAAUGGUUGAGUUCAAAGGUCGCAGCGAGUCUAUCUUCGUUGUUACCGUGGUUUUCCUCGGACUUUCCUUCAUUUCCGUCUGCUUACGAUGUUUCGUGAGACUGCGACUGGUGCGCGCAUUCGGAUGGGACGAUGCAUUGAUGGUUCUAGCUAUGGCGCUGCAGAUAUUAUUUGCCUUGUGUGGUAUCACCGGGUCAGUGUAUGGCAUGGGCCAAAAACUCGAGUGGCUUGACCAAGACACGCUAGAAACCGCCUUGUUUUGGUGGUGGUUAGGUCAAACAAGCUAUGUUGUGACAGUAGUCGUUGCCAAGGUCUCUAUUGCAUUGACUCUCUUUCGGCUUACCGUCUCACGGAUACACAAGAUGCUUCUGUGGUUUGUCAUCGCCAUCUCGAUUGUCGUGGGCCUGGUAUUCUGGUUCAUGUUGACUCUAGAAUGCCAACCGGUUUCAUACUUUUGGCAACGUUUUCAUUCCACUGGUACCUGCAUCUCCAUCGAGUACCUCAUCGAUGUCGCCUACCUAUACAGUGUAACAGCCAUGGUCUGUGACUUGAUCCUGGGGUUAUUACCUGCCUUUUUAGUCUGGAACUUGCAAAUGAGUACAAGAACCAAGGCUGCACUAGCAGGGAUCUUGAGCAUGGGUUGCGUAGCCAGCGCAGCUGUGAUUGUACGCAUACCUUUCCUGCCUACUUACAACGAUAAGGAGUUCCUCUACGCUACAGCGCAGAUUUCAAUCUGGUCCAAUGUCGAGGCUGGCCUCGGCAUCACGGCAGGGUGUCUUGUUACCCUGCGUCCUCUCUUUCGCUGGCUUGGUGACGCCAGCUAUGGCGCCACGCGUAGCAAGAGAACAGGUGGUAGCAUACCACUCUCGAGCUCGGUCGGCCAUGCAGCUCACGCCUCACAGAGCAACGCGACGAAGUACUGGCGGCCGGAUCUCGAUCCGGAAGAUUCUCAGGGCGUGGUCACGACUAUACAAACCUCGGCUGGAAGCCCGCACAGUAGUCAGGAGGACCUCAACCCGAAGCCUAAACGAAUGAAUGGGGUCAAUAUACACAAGUCUUUUGUCGUGACCUCAGACAUUGUAUAGGAUCUCUGCUGCUAUUGGUAGCUUACUUACGAUAUAUUUAAUUUGGUUUACGAUGUUUCUGUGUGUCUGCACGACCUCUUAUUAGUACGUAGGAACUUGCCUGGGCGUCGGCAUUAUGAAUCACCAUAUUUGGAGAAGAUCCUUCCUCGCACGUAUCCAUGAUGUGAUGUCAUGUUUUGCCAAAAGCUUCUAGGGCUUCGCCUCUG